CGUCACCCACUAAGGCUUCUCCGCGUCUGGGCGGCCAAGUGGGUCUAGGUGGGCUCGGGAUGGCGGGGGCCUGAGCCGCAUGGGACGGCCGGGAAGAGGCGAGGGGGGCCGGCAGCGCACGCAAGUCGGCGCAAAAGACGCAGCCUCCAGCCAGGUCUACAGCAGCAUGUUCAGCUGGGUGAGCAAGGAUGCCCGCCGCAAGAAGGAGCCGGAGCUCUUCCAGACCGUGGCCGAGGGGCUGCGGCAGCUGUACGCGCAGAAGCUGCUGCCCCUGGAGGAGCACUACCGCUUCCACGAGUUCCACUCGCCCGCGCUGGAGGAUGCUGACUUCGACAACAAGCCCAUGGUGCUCCUCGUGGGCCAGUACAGCACUGGCAAGACCACCUUCAUCCGGCACCUGAUCGAGCAGGACUUUCCCGGGAUGCGCAUCGGGCCCGAGCCCACCACCGACUCCUUCAUCGCGGUCAUGCACGGGCCCACCGAGGGCGUGGUGCCGGGCAACGCGCUCGUCGUCGAUCCGCGGCGCCCUUUCCGCAAGCUCAACGCCUUCGGAAAUGCCUUCCUCAACAGGUUCAUGUGUGCGCAGCUCCCCAACCCAGUCCUGGACAGCAUCAGCAUCAUCGACACACCUGGGAUCCUGUCAGGAGAGAAGCAGCGCAUCAGCAGAGGGUACGACUUUGCAGCCGUCCUGGAGUGGUUCGCAGAGCGGGUGGACCGCAUCAUCCUGCUCUUCGAUGCCCACAAGCUGGACAUCUCUGAUGAGUUCUCUGAGGUUAUCAAGGCCCUCAAGAACCAUGAGGACAAGAUCCGGGUGGUGCUGAAUAAGGCCGACCAGAUUGAGACGCAGCAGCUGAUGCGGGUAUAUGGGGCGCUUAUGUGGUCCCUGGGCAAGAUCAUCAACACCCCUGAGGUGGUCCGUGUCUACAUCGGCUCCUUCUGGUCCCACCCACUGCUCAUCCCAGACAACCGGAAGCUCUUCGAGGCUGAGGAGCAGGACCUCUUCAAAGACAUCCAGUCUCUUCCCCGAAAUGCUGCCCUCAGGAAGCUCAAUGACCUGAUCAAGCGGGCCAGGCUGGCUAAGGUCCAUGCCUACAUCAUCAGCUCCCUCAAGAAGGAGAUGCCCAACGUCUUCGGUAAGGAGAGCAAAAAGAAAGAGCUGGUGAACAACCUGGGGGAGAUCUACCAGAAGAUUGAGCGGGAGCAUCAGAUCUCCCCGGGUGAUUUCCCAAGCCUCCGAAAGAUGCAGGAGCUCCUGCAGACCCAGGACUUCAGCAAAUUCCAGGCCCUAAAGCCCAAGCUGCUGGACACGGUGGAUGACAUGCUGGCCAACGACAUCGCGCGGCUGAUGGUGAUGGUGCGCCAGGAGGAGUCCCAGAUGCCCUCCCAGGCUGUGAAGGGUGGUGCUUUUGACGGUACCAUGAAUGGGCCCUUUGGGCACGGCUACGGCGAGGGUGCUGGCGAGGGCAUCGAUGAUGUUGAGUGGGUGGUAGGCAAGGACAAGCCCACCUACGACGAGAUCUUCUAUACGCUGUCCCCCGUCAAUGGCAAGAUCACAGGCGCCAAUGCCAAGAAGGAGAUGGUGAAGUCCAAGCUGCCUAACACUGUGCUGGGCAAGAUCUGGAAGCUGGCCGAUGUGGACAAGGAUGGGCUGCUGGAUGACGAGGAGUUCGCCCUGGCUAACCACCUCAUCAAAGUCAAGCUGGAGGGCCACGAGCUGCCCGCCGACCUGCCCCCACACCUCAUCCCACCCUCCAAGCGCAGGCACGAGUGACGGGCCGCCCGGGGCCACCGCGUGACCCGCUCGCCAUCUGUGUGCCUGCCCAGGAAGACCAGGGCCUGGAGGAAGCAGCUGGGGGAAGGGAAGGGUCACCGUUUUUAAAGGUCCAUAAAGACCGAGCACUGUUUCCUCAGCUUGAAUAGGAGAACCACCAUCUUUCUUUUUAGGCAGUUCCUGGGCCCAGCUGGGGAGGCAGGGGUGACGCUCAGAUGUGAAUGAUGGAAUUUUAUGCACAAGAACUCUGGAUAUUUUUAAUAUAUACCGUUAGAGGCAGCCUUCUUUCUUGCCGCCUCCUCCUGUGUUGGACAGUCCCACGAACACAGCCUCUCUCCUGUCCCGGCCUUUCCUCCUGUGCGCUGUCCCUGGCGGGGUGGCGUGAGCAGCUGUGGCGAUCCUAGGGACGCCGAAGGCUCCUUCUGGCAGCUGCCCCCCAGAGCUAUUUGUAGACAGGAGCCCAAGCUGCCCCUGUUUGUCUCUUCUGUGUGCGUGCUAAGGCUCUCCUCGAGGGAGGGUUUCCUUCCCAACCCAGCUCUGCCUGGGCUUGGGGUGAGUCGUUUCUAUGCGUCUCCAGCCACUGGGGCUCCCCACACUCAUGCCCCACCCUUUCCUUGCACACCCCAACCCCAGCAUCCCUUCCGGCAGUGCCCAGCCACCCCCGCUGUCUCUUUUCAGGGCUGUGGAGAGGAGAGUGUGUCUUCCAGAAAAAUGUAUAAGCUAGGUCUUCUGUACGGUGACACCUUUCAUACUUGACCAGAUUUUCCAGUAACUUCGGACCACUCAUUCAGAAGCUGUGAUUUUUGCCUCCCCUUCCCCUCUUGCCAGCCUGUGGGUGGCUCCAUCCGGGAGCCGUGAAAUGUGGGAUAUGCACGUAAUGCGCCACUUGCAGCCCAGAUUUGCUCUCUGGCCAAGGAAGGGUGGUCACCCCUGCUCCUGCCUGAUGGUGUCUGAACUAUAGCCUCUCACCUCUUGUCCAGGGUACCUGAUGCCCCCACCUGGGCGGGCAGUGGGUUCCUGUGACUGGGGGUGGUUUGGCGCUGGUAAGAGGAAAACUGUGGCUCUGGCCUGGGCCUGGUUUUCCAGGCAGUGGGGACCAGGAGGAACCUGGUCCCUUCCUUCUGCCCUCACCCUGUUCCCUACCUUCCCCCACCCCUGCUGAGCAAAGGGGGGCACGAGGACCUUAGCUCAGCCCAUCAGCCCCCAGCCUGAGUAGUAAGCCAGAGCCAGCAAGUGCUCACACCGCACAGCUGCGGGGAGCUGGGUGCCGCUGUGGUCAGCCGAGAGGGCAGGGCAGGCGUCGUGCCAGGGCAGGAGACAGGCCUUGGUCUGCACAGCGGGAGCACCAGCUGGCAGCCUGCUUGCUCCCAGCCCUGCACCUGCAGCGCAGUGGGGUCCAGUAUUAGAGGGUGGCAGAGAACAUCCACACCAGACUCGCUGUUGAAGGUGCGGCAGGGGCUUGUUCACACUCUUUGAGGGGAAGGUAACAGACUAAAGACUGUUUUCUUUGCAUUAAAAAAAGGUUUAACUGUGCUGA